GAGGGCAUCGCCCGCCCGCCCCGCCGGGAGAGAGCGCCGGGAGCCGCGCCGGGAGCCGCUCCGAGGCACCAUGCGGGCUGCGGGGCUGCUGCUGCUGCUGCUGCUCGGUGUCAGCUCUCAGGAUGAUCCGGAUUCUGCAGACCCAGGACAAACCCUGACCAACACGACCACAAAAACCACCACGGUGACCACCACUGCAAGCACCACAAAGGUCUCGCCAGAGAUCUCAUCACCGACCACAACCCAAACCACCGUUGCCACUACGACUAAGACAGAAGCCACUCAGACCCCUGUGGGAGCAUCCACCACUGUUCAAACCACCACCACCAACACCACCACCGCCACCACCAGCCCAGCAGCGUCACCGCCCCCCGCUGCCACGUCACCUACCACAGCGACAGUGAUCACCGCCACAACACUGGGGGUGGCAUCGUCGGCCACCACCACCCUGUCCCACAUGUCUGGGCAGGACAGCUCCUCACACAGUGCCACCACCCCCAAAACCACCCCUGCUGCAAGCUCCACUGCUUCCCAGCAGCCCAGUGGAGCUACAGACAGUUCGGGAAGCUCGGGAACCACCGCUGCUGCAAAACACGUUGUCACUAAUGCAACCAGUCCUCCAGCAGCUGUUGGCCCAUCCUCUCCCACCGCACAGCCUCAGGGAAACCAGCCUUUGGAUCAUUUGCCUAACACCACUGCAAGCACCACAGUGGAGAGGACUCAGCCUUCCCAAAGCUCCAAGGAGUGUGAUGUCUCUCUUCCCCAGUGUGCCAUCAAGCAGCCUCCUUCUUCCAGUCCUUCAGUACAGACUCCAACCACUUCCACCAGUCCUGGAAGCACUGGCACUCCUGUUACCACUCCAACUGUAUCCUCAUCCUUCACCACCACUCCGACGUUGCAACCUGGCAGCAAACACAAGGUCCCAGAGGCAGGCACCAUGGCAGCUCCUGGGGCAGACCAGAGUACCCACGAUGAUGGAUCUGCAGCAGCCAAACCCACCAGUGCCUCCCAGAGCCCUGCCAGCGCCCAGCCACCGGCUCCAACCUCAGGGGACCAGACAGACCAGACAGAGGGCUGCAGUUCUGGCCACCAGCACCCCAACAUUUCUUACCCAAACAAGCUCCUCUGUGAAGACCAGGUGCAACAUAUCAGGCCCACCAUUCAGCUGAAAGAACCCAGAACCUGUGCUGAGUGGAGGGCUGCCAGCGACAACAACUCCUUCUUUGAGACCUUCUGCUCCACGGCCCAGCACGUGUUUGACGCCAGCAGGGAGCGGUGCACGGUGACGCUGAUGGCCUGCCAGCCCCGCUCCCGCCACUGGGCCGUGUGGGUGGUCCUGCACCAUCCCUUGGACUCCGAAGAAGUCCUGAAGGAGCUGAAGGAGAAGCAGGACAAGUUAGAGGAGCUCGGCAUCGUCAACAUCACCUCAGACAAAAUGGUGGAGGACAUGACCAUCAACGACGAGUUCAGCACGCCCCUGAUCAUCACCAUCAUCACCCUGGCCGGGUCCCUGCUGCUCGUCGCGGCCAUCUACGGCUGCCACCAGCGCUUCUCCCAAAAGAAGGACCAGAACAUCCACCCUGAUGUCCCCGGGUUUGAUGAUGGACAUGUGGCCCUGAUCUUUAAUCAGCGCCUGACCGAGGAGAUGCAGACCAUGGAGAACGGCUACCAUGACAACCCCACGCUGGAGGUGAUGGAGACCUCCUCCGAAAUGCAGGAGAAGAAGGUGAACCUCAACGGUGAGCUGGGGGACAGCUGGAUCGUUCCUCUGGACACACUCAUGAAGGAAGACCUGGAGGAAGAGGAGGACACGCAUUUAUAGGAUGCAGAACUUGCUCAAGAGAGAAACAACCCCCCGCCCCCUGAAAAACCCAUAAACCCUACACAGACACACACAGAGAGGUCCAAAAAUAAGGCAAAAUCCCCCCUGAAAAACAGAAAAUCCCUUAAUGAACUAAUCAUGGCCCCUUGUGCCCCCACAGAGGGUGCAGGACGGAAGAGGAAAGGACAUGAGAAGACACCUCUGGGGCACAUCAACACAAGCCACUUUGGUGGCCACAUCUGGCCAAGCAUCCUCCCAUCUCCCAGCCACCUCCCAAGCCAGACCUGACCAGCCAAGGGCAAACAGGGUGGUUUUGCUCCUGAAGGGCUGCUGGUGUCUCCCCCAAGCAUGUCCCCUCCCAUCCCACAUGCGACCACGCCAGCUGCAGCCUCCAGCUACCGAGCAGCUCGAAAAUCAAGAGAAAUGAAGCAAAUAGGACGGGAGAUGGAGCACGUCUGACAGCAAAGCAGCACCUGGCAAUUACAGCUCGACUAAUCCUCUGGCCCACGCUCUUUAGUCAUCACCCUGCCCUCCCUGACACCCAGGUAGUGAAGGAAAAAAGCUGGAACAGCCUGUUCCUUUUUUAGUCUGGUUUCCAUCCUCUCCUCAAAUGCACAAGAGCCCCUGGUUGUGCCCCAGGUAAAUGGAUGCAUCCGGAUCCAAUGGGAUGGCAGGGAUGCAGCAGUGCCAAGUGAUGCUCAGCCCUACUGCCAAGGGCUGUGGAACAGAUCCUGCACCCUCUCGGAGACCGAGAGAGGUGCAGCAGCUUCUUGUUUUGAAAGGAUGAGAUGGAGGGAGAGGAAAAAGGAGGGAUUCCUUGAGUUCAUCCCUCUUAGGAAGGGUGUGGAGAGCAAGAGUCUCUAGCCCAGGUGUGAGGCUGGGGGAUUUGUGGUGCAGGAGCCCAGUUCUGGUGCUGCAUUUCCCUCUAGAAGGAUAACUUGCCUUCCAGGAAUCACACAGCAGUAUCUCACAGCCCUCAUCCAUCCUCCACAAAACUGUGGGACACAUGCACCACGAUGGUUUGUGAUUUUUGAGGACACAUCUUCCUGCGUGAGCAGCAGAAGAGGUAAAAGAGAAGCAGAACGUGAGCCAGGGAGCUUGGUGGCAAUUCAGGUGGCCCUUGGUGUUUCAUCCCCAUGAGGUUUAAAAGCUCAGCCCAUGCUCUCAAGCUCUUCUUCACAAGCCACUAAAGUAACAGAGACCUGCAAAGCAACUUCCAGCUCAGCAGCGAAGCUGGGACUGAGCUUUGUCCUGCAACCCUUGGUCUGUCACCCAGGUCUCCCUUUGCUGAAGCUUUAAAGGGAAGAAAACCAUGGCUGGACUGAGGCCAUUCCUGGAUUUUGACUCCCCACCACAGCUCCUAAGCGGCUGUAAGAGGCUGGGGAGAGUUUCAUGCCUUUGCUCUGCUGAAGCAGCUCACUCCUGGCAGAGGCAGGGAUCAUCGCACGUGAGCACCUGAAGGUCACUUGGCUGAGGCGCUCUCCCAACAUGAAGACGGUGCUUGUCCCAAACCCUCUGCAAGCCAGAGGAGCUGCAGAUAAGAGCGAUGCCCAGACACAGCCCUGCUCCUCUGCUUGCCAUAAACCAAGGCAUGAUGAGGACAUUUCCCUUUGGGCUCUGCCACCAAGGUGACCCCAUUGGGAUCCGCUCCCAUGGCCGCCCUGAAUGAGGGGAAAAGCAGAGCCGAGCAAUGGGAAACUUGGUGAAACCCUGGUGGAGUUGGGAGUACCCAGGAAGGAGGGGAUUUGGGGUGUUUUGCUCAGUCCCAUGACAGGAGCUGACAGAAAAUAUAAGUGGCUCUUCCCCCUUCUGUCCUGCACUGAAGGGCAGAGUCUGAAGCGUUCAAACCUUUAUAUUUUUGUAUGUAAAUAUUCCUGCUAUUCAUUAGCAAUGUAUUCCGCACACUUCACUUACCUGUGCACUGCACUAUGGGGAAGUAAUUUUGGAGGGGAGGAGAAAUAACAAACAAAAUAAAUUAAAAAAAACAUAAAAAUCUUAAAAAUAGAAAAAAAAAAAAAGAGAAGAAAAAAAAAAAAAAAGCUAAAGGCCAGCCUGGUAGGGGAUUAAAAAUUGAAAUGAAGCAGAAAAACACUUCGUGCCCAGCUAACUUUGUGCUACGGCUUUGUCCCUGUUCUGGCAUCAUCAAGUUCAGCUCUUUAACGUGGCCACGAGUCUCAGAGAACGGGCCUCGGCAUCCACAACUGCUCUUGUGAGCGAUGUGGCCUCCCAGCUGCCCUGAGAGACAAACAGCAGCUCCAUGAGCUCACAUUUCUGUCCUUCCCAGAAAACAAACGCAGUGAAAACACAGGGCAGCAGCGAUGCUGUGGCCACAGGGGCUGGAGUUGCCACGAGGACACCCCUGGCAGGGCACCUCCAGGCGGUCAGGCUUUGGCACGUGCCUAAAGAUUCCCCCUUCCCAGCAAAGAGAUGCCAAAGUGCUUUAAUGAGUCAGGUCCAAAGACUGUCCAAGAGAACCCUACAGAGGCCUGAGAUCAAGUAACCUUAAAUCUUUCCGAGCAGUGAGGAUAUUAACGGCUCAGCAAGUGCUUAUAGUGAUUUAUAUUUGAAUAGGAAUUGUACAUUUAUUUAUUUUUCCAGACACCGUAUUUUUAAACCACUAAUAUUUUAUAGUAGAUUUUCCUUCCCCUAUUUAAAAGAGCUAUUUCCACAGGAAAAGAAAACAGUACCUUUUUUUUUUUUUUUUUUAAAUGUUGAGAACAUUCUUUUUUUUUUGAAAAAAAUAUAAAAAUCAGGUAGGAAAUGCAGCAAUGAGCAUCUUUGGCCUUAACCCUUCCUCUCAUAGACUGUAGCCAUAAUUGUUAGACCAAAAAUAAUAAAUAAAAAAAAAAAAAAUACCAAGGCAUUUCCUUUCUCCCUGCCCCUCCUCCCUUCCCCGCACUCCUCUCGCCCAAAACAGCUUUAACAUCCCACACAUUGUACAAAGAGAUUCCUGCUCUUACCUUUCGGUGAGAGCUUUACAAGCAGCUCAGAUGUCCUUGCAAGAGACUUUCCUAUUUUCAGAUUCACGAGGAAACGUGUAAAUAACUUUAGGAGCAUUUUAUCUCCCGCUCACAGUGCUGUGACCCAGCUGAUGAGGUUGAUACUGUGACUGCUGCCUACAGAAGACACACAAGUCAUAAUCCAUGAGGGACUGGAGAAGGAAAACCUAAUUCCCCAGGUGGUCACCUGUUGAACCUUGCACAUAUAGUAGAGCUCUUACAUACUGUGUGUAGCAGCAUCUCUCAUGGGGACAGGAGUCUGAUUUACACUGGAAUUUACUGAGGAACUGGAUUGUAAGAGAUUAUUCUUGCAUUUUCCUACAAAUAUAUUUUGAGAGCAUCAUGUAUUUCUGUCAAUAAACAUUCUUAUGUAAAAAA